CACUCGUUAUCGUCACCACACGCUCGGCUUAAACCUGUUCUCCGCUUUUCGUUUUAAUUCGAAAAAAACGUUCGAGCGUGGCGCACGUUGCGAUUCCUCCGACUGAUCUUAAUCGUAGAGCAGCACUCACACCAGCACACGCCCCCCGCAAAACAGCACACACAGCCACACUCACAAACGACGUACACUGCCAGCGCAUAAACAAGUGCUGUUGUGGUUGUUGUUGCUGCUGCUGCUCGUCCGCUAAAAUGCUGAACGCUGCAGCGCUGCUUUUGGCGCUGCUCUGCGCCGCGAACGCAGCCGCCGCCGCCGAUUUGGCGGACAAAUUGCGCGAUGAUUCGGAACUCUCUCAGUUCUACAGCCUGCUGGAGAGCAAUCAAAUUGCCAACUCAACGCUUUCGCUGCGCAGCUGCACGAUCUUUGUGCCCACCAAUGAAGCCUUCCAGCGCUACAAGAGCAAAACCGCCCAUGUGCUCUAUCACAUUACCACUGAGGCGUACACCCAGAAACGACUGCCGAAUACCGUGUCAUCGGACAUGGCCGGCAAUCCACCGCUGUACAUCACAAAGAACUCGAAUGGCGACAUCUUUGUGAACAAUGCCCGGAUCAUACCCUCGCUCAGUGUGGAGACAAACAGCGAUGGCAAGCGGCAGAUCAUGCACAUCAUCGACGAGGUACUGGAGCCGCUCACCGUCAAGGCUGGCCAUUCGGAUACCCCCAACAAUCCGAAUGCUCUCAAGUUCCUGAAGAACGCCGAGGAGUUCAACGUGGACAACAUCGGUGUGCGCACGUACCGCAGCCAGGUGACGAUGGCCAAGAAAGAGUCGGUCUAUGAUGCCGCCGGACAGCACACGUUCCUGGUUCCCGUCGAUGAAGGCUUCAAGCUCUCGGCUCGCAGCAGCCUCGUGGACGGCAAGGUCAUCGAUGGCCAUGUGAUACCAAACACUGUCAUCUUCACUGCCGCUGCCCAGCAUGACGAUCCCAAGGCUUCCGCCGCUUUUGAGGACUUACUCAAGGUCACCGUCAGUUUCUUCAAGCAGAAGAACGGCAAAAUGUACGUCAAGUCAAACACCAUUGUGGGUGAUGCCAAACACCGCGUGGGCGUGGUUCUGGCCGAAAUCGUGAAGGCGAACAUCCCAGUGAGCAACGGAGUAGUCCAUCUGAUCCACCGCCCGCUGAUGAUCAUCGAUACGACGGUCACCCAAUUCCUGCAGGAGAAUGCUGAGAACGGAGCUCUGCGCAAGUUCUACGAAGUUAUAAUGGACAAUGGUGGAGCAGUUCUGGACGACAUCAAUAGCCUGACAGAAGUGACCAUUUUGGCUCCCAGCAAUGAGGCUUGGAACUCCUCGAACAUCAACAAUGUUUUGCGAGAUCGGAAUAAGAUGAGGCAGAUCCUGAACAUGCAUAUCAUCAAGGACCGCUUAAAUGUGGACAAGAUCAGGCAGAAAAAUGCAAAUUUGAUUGCCCAGGUGCCCACUGUCAACAACAACACUUUCCUGUACUUCAACGUUCGCGGUGAGGGAUCGGAUACCGUGAUAACAGUUGAGGGAGGCGGCGUGAAUGCCACCGUUAUCCAGGCUGAUGUGGCCCAGACUAAUGGUUAUGUUCACAUCAUCGACCAUGUGCUGGGCGUGCCUUACACUACAGUUCUUGGCAAACUUGAAUCCGAUCCCAUGAUGAGUGACACCUAUAAGAUGGGAAAAUUCUCGCACUUUAAUGACCAGCUGAACAACACACAACGCCGCUUCACCUACUUUGUGCCCAGGGACAAGGGCUGGCAGAAGACCGAGCUGGAUUACCCAUCGGCUCACAAGAAGCUUUUUAUGGCCGACUUUUCCUAUCAUUCCAAGUCCAUUCUGGAGCGUCAUUUGGCUAUUUCGGAUAAGGAGUACACCAUGAAGGAUCUGGUUAAGUUUUCGCAAGAAUCGGGCAGCGUAAUCCUACCCACGUUCCGCGACUCUUUGAGUAUCCGCGUGGAGGAGGAAGCUGGACAUCUCCAUGAUGAGUAUGCUAGUCACGAAUGGACUGGCUAUGUGAUCAUUUGGAACUACAAGAAGAUCAACGUAUACCGGCCCGAUGUUGAGUGCACCAACGGAAUUAUCCACGUCAUCGACUACCCACUCCUGGAGGAAAAGGAUGUGGUCGUGGCCGGAGGUAGCUAUUUGCCAGAAUCAAGCAUUUGCAUCAUCUUGGCCAACCUCAUAAUGAUAACAGUAGCAAAGUUCUUGAACUAAAUGCAUCCGAUAUGUAAAAACAAAUCCAAUCCAAAGCAAAUGCAAAUCAAACACAACAACAACAGUCGUCUACAGAACAAGAACCAACAACACUCAGUAUCAGACUAACUUAACAUCCACAUGGAUCUAAAUAAUCAGCACCAGUUUGUUGAUACCGAUCGAAAACCACAAGCAACCCAAACAGUAUCUGUAAUAUAUACGUCACAAGGAACGAUCAUCAUUCCAACCCAACAUGCCCACGUCCACGCCAUCUACAUACCCACAUACACACACUCAGAAAAAAACGCAUGCAGAAAACUGCCUGCUAAAUUUGCUUUUGCAUCGACAGCUUCUCCCAAAAUAGCUGGCAAGAGAGACUAAGAUAAAGUCGAAGAAACCCCUAUGUUUAAGUAUUAAACUCGAUUUUCCCUCAAACGGCCUUAUGUAUAAUAUUGAAUAUGAAACUUUCUGUAAAACAUUUUAAUUUUAUGUUCGCCCUAUACUGGUAGCUUACGUUCAUCAGCUCGCUAUGUUUUAAGUUUAGACCCACACUGACAUUGGUAUCGUACCAUGUAACAACUGAUUGUGUUUAUGAUUUUAAGUGUACAUUUUUUGUGAAUUGCUUGUUUUAGUUAAUGGUCUAAUUUAUGAUUUAUGAAAUGAGUUAUCUUAAGUAGAAUGCGAAUCUCAUUGUACAUCUCGAAAACGAAGAAGCUAAGCAUAAGCAAUAAGCGCAUCACACACUCUCAUACUCGAGCGCCCACACAUUCCCCCUAUUCCUAUCCAUAAAUACAUACAACAUGUAACGAAACAAAGUCAUUGUAAGAUUUGAAAGUGUGAAAUUUGAUAAUAAACUGAAAGUUUUUCAUUUGAACCUUACUAUUAAGAGCGGCAGCAAUCUUGUCUCGAACCAAUCGCGUGACCCCUGUAGGCCUAGAACUAUAUCAGUGUCGGACAAGAAAUGUGCAACCAACAAACCCAAUUAUAUGAUAUGCCAUCCUGCACUUAGUUACUAGCCCCGCUAUGCAUGUGAACCCCCAGAAAAACCCAUUCGCCCACACACACCAGCCACUUGGAGCGAGAGUAGCCACUGCAACUAGGUUAGUCCAAUGUAUAAGUUCCGAAACUGCCGACAACUACGAAAACUAUACAGCAUACAUACAACUCCCUGUAAUCUAAAUCACUCACGGCACACAACUACAACUACAACUACAUGUCAUCAUUGAAUGGAUUUUGAUACCGAUUUUAACUUGCAUAUAAACAAAAACAAGAACUAGACAACGUGAAGAGAUUUUAAACAAAAUUCUCCCUCGGUCGAGCAGUUGCAUUUCAAACUUUGUACGUAGUUUAAAACUAGUUUUUAGUCCGACGUAGAACAACCCAAUUGCUAACUAUAUACCAACUUUCUUUCUAUUUCUCUCUGUCUCUCCCCCUAAUGCUAUGUACUUAUAGGUUAGACAUUGUAACUAUUGUAAUCAACCCAGUGCGUUAAACCCGAGUGUUAAGUCGAACAGUAACACAGAAUUGUACUAUCCCCAAAUGAAUAACUAUCAGCCUACCAGUACACUGUCUCAACUCUCACCACCACCACCACCCACUUAGGAACUCAGUCGAACUUGAACUCGAAAUCAAAGAUCCAGUUGUGGCAGUCGCUUCACGUAGUUGCUAAUUCCCAAUUCGAACCGAUCCUUUCCGAAAGUCUUAUCUUUAGUAUAGGUGGUUUAGUUUCAUUUGGAGCCGUGCAGUGCCGUAGCAGCUAAGUAAAAAUGUAUGAAAUGAAGAUGAACACGAGAUCGAAAUCGUACGGAAUGAUCAGAAAUCAGAAAUAAAUAAUGAAUACGCUAAUGAAUUGUACAAGUAAGCUUUAAAGAAUUGCUGGAGGAGCGCGGAUCGGAGAACUUAGAGGAGGGAGAACCGCAUUGCAAUCGCAUUGCAAUUUGUGUCGUAGUCAGUAGUUACACGUUAAGCGGCGUCUUAACGUGUAACUAGUGCCUUACUAAAGAUAAACGCAUUACCUUAACCUUUAUACAAAUUUACUCAAAACAUACUUGUACCCCAAGCAUACGUUCCGCUUCGAAUGAUACCCAGAUAUAUAUACGGAGUUACACCCCAAGAAUACAAGUAUAACUACAAAUGAUAUUGCGCCACACGCUAUUUACACCAAAUACACCAAACAAAUCGAGAAAUGCAUAUUUUUCAUAUAUUUAAUUGUCAGAAUAAUAUAACGUAUAUGUAAUAUGUAGUUUAUUUACUGUAAAACGCAAGAACCUAACAAGUGGAAUUUGAAUCACAUACAAUUGAUGUAUAUUAGCUAUUGAGUUUCUAAGCAAGCGUUAGACACUGAAAUAUAUGAUUCAAAUAUAUACAAUAUGCGAAACCAAGCAAACUAUGGAAAACUGGAGUGCAAAAGAAUAUUAUUCCAUUUUAUUUUACGACAAGCGCUUUUUACAAAUAAACCGAAUCCAUUUAAAUUACUCGUAAAGAACAGACAGAUUAUAUUUAGCAUUAGUUAAACUAAUUAUUACAUGUACUAGAAAACCGAAUGUCAACCGAGAAUCUUCAGCAAGCUUGAGCGAAUAAUAAAACUUUAAAACUAACUAU